GAUAUUCUCUUAUUAUUAACUUCGUGUUUACUUUGAUGAAUGAUUUGAAUUAACUUGCAGGAUUUUUUUUCACCAGGAUGGUUUGUACAGAGUAGACGCUUAACCUAUGGCAAAAGUCACUGAUUUCCAGUGGCAAAUACCUGUGCCAGAAGUUCUUCUGAAGGGGGCUGUGUUUGACAGAUGGGAUGAGGAAUCAGCUACUCUAGAGCCAAAAUGUAUUGUAAAGGUUGAUGAAUAUGGAUUCUUCAUCAACUGGCAAAGCACAGAUCGAGAUGGCCAAGUCCUGGAAAUAUCUCAGGUUAAUGACAUUCGCUUAGGAUUGGCUCCUAAAAUAAAUGAUCCCCGUACUUAUGCUGAAAUAGAACAGAGAGGUAAUGGUAAUUUGGAAUGGAGAACUGUGACAAUCUGCAGUGGACUAGACCUAGUCAACAUCAAUUACACACCAAUGAUAGCUGCUGACCCAGAUACUGCACGGAUUUGGUAUGAAUGCCUGAGAAAACUAACGCCCAACACCAAAGCAAAUAACAUCUGCCCAAUGACAUCAUUGAAAAAACACUGGUUAAAGCUUUGCCUCCUGGUCAAUCCAAAGGGAAAUAUUCCUGUGAAAAGUAUCACCAGAACAUUUGCCUCUGGAAAGACAGAAAAGAUGAUCAUGCAGUGUUUGAUGGACCUGGGUCUCCCCGGAGGAAAGAAUGAUGAGAUUGAUCCGAAACUAUUUACUUUUGACAAAUUCUAUGAACUAUAUCACAAGAUUUGCCCUAGAACAGACAUAGAGGAUUUAUUUCGUGAAAUAGCUAGUAGUGCCACAAAAACAUAUCUUACAGUACCUCAGCUUGUUGACUUCUUCAAUGAGAGACAGAGAGACCCUCGAUUAAAUGAAAUUUUAUUCCCACAUUAUAACAAGAAAAGAAUUCUUCAGAUCAUCCAGAACUAUGAAAAAGACCCAGAAUACAUUGAGAAUGAAUGGCUAAGUUCUGAUGGAUUUUGUCGAUAUUUGAUGUCAGAUGAAAAUGCUCCUGUGUAUUUAGAAAGGUUGGACAUAUACAUGGACAUGGAUCAACCUCUGUGUCAUUACUUCAUUAAUUCUUCACACAACACAUACCUAACUGGCAGACAGUUUGGUGGGCGUUCCUCAGUAGAAAUGUAUAGACAGGUGCUUCUAGCUGGAUGUAGGAGUAUUGAGUUAGAUAUUUGGGAUGGAACAAAAGAGGAACAGGAACCAAUCAUUACCCAUGGCAUGGCAAUGUGCACAGAUAUUCUGUUUAAGGAUGUUAUUCAGGCAAUAGCAGAAACUGCAUUCAUCACAUCUCAGUACCCUGUUAUACUGUCAUUUGAAAAUCAUUGCAGCAAGCCACAACAAUAUAAAAUGGCCAAGUACUGUGAGGAGAUAUUUGGGGAUAUGUUAUUGAAGAAACCAUUGGAAAAUUGCCCAUUGCAAGCUGGAGUACCCCUUCCGUCACCCAAUCAGCUCAAAGGAAAAAUACUCAUCAAAAACAAAAGACUUCGCCCAGAAGUGGAAAGACGACAAUAUGAGUUAUUCAUGAAAGGACAGUAUCAAACAGCAGUAGAGGAAAUGUCUCAGGAUCAAGAUGCCCUAACCAAAGUUAUUGAUGAUAUUGAAGGAGAAGAUGGCCCAAUGAAUGAAAUUGACCCCCCAACAGUAAGCACAAACACUGAUGCUCAUCCAGAGUUGCAUCUUGGGAAGGGUGAAGAUAUGGAUAUCAGCAUUGAUGGGGAGGAUUGUCUAGCUAAAAAAACAUUCAGGCAGUUCUCUGGCAAAAAAGGAAGCCUGACAGCAGAUGAAGAGGCAGCCUUGAUGUCAGCAUACCAUUAUGAGAGAGCCACCACUAAUAUUCACCCUUACUUAUCGUCCAUGGUUAACUAUGCUCAGCCAGUCAAAUUUCAGGGCUUUAAAGUAGCAGAAGAGCAAAAUAUUCAUUAUCACAUGUCAUCCUUCAAUGAAAAUGUAGGAUUACAAUACCUCAAAUCUCAGGCCAUUGAGCUUGUCAACUACAAUAAACGCCAAAUGAGUCGAAUCUAUCCAAGGGGAGGUCGAGUAGAUUCCAGUAAUUACAUGCCACAGUUAUUCUGGAAUGCUGGAUGUCAGAUGGUAGCACUUAACUUCCAAACUUCAGAUCUAGCCAUGCAACUUAAUCAGGGAAAGUUUGAGUACAAUGGAAACUGUGGAUAUUUACUGAAGCCAGAUUUCAUGAGGAGACCUGACAGAAACUUUGAUCCAUUCCUGGAAAGCACAGUGGAUGGUAUCAUUCCAGCACAGUGUUCAGUACAGAUUAUAUCUGGGCAGUUUCUGUCUGACAAGAAAGUUGGGACCUAUGUAGAAGUAGACAUGUAUGGACUGGCCACUGACACAAUCAGGAAAGAGAUGCGAACUAAAGUGGUGCCAGCAAAUGGACUCAAUCCUGUGUAUAAUGAAGAAAAAUUUGUGUUUAGAAAGGUAGUUUUACCAGAUUUAGCUGUCCUUAGAAUAGCAGUAUAUGAGGACACUGGCAAGCUAAUUGGUCAGCGCAUUCUCCCACUGGAUGGAUUACAGUCUGGCUAUAGGUACAUCUCAUUACGAACAGAGGGAAACUUCCCACUGUCACUACCAACCAUAUUCUGUAGGAUUAUCCUUGAGACAUACAUACCAGAGGAAGUGGGAAUAUUGGCUGACAUUUUGGCCAAUCCUCAAGACAAGAAACAGAGAAUGUUUGACAAGUUUGGUUACGACAGUGAGUCCAUUUCUGAUGCCCCAGUGCUUCCAAAAAAUGUUAGUAAAGCAGAGUUGAAACCAAGCACAAAUGGUCAACUGGCUCUUAAUUCCAAUAACCAGCAAGCAAAGAUUAAAGAUGAAAAGAAAGAUGAUUUAAGUUUCCCAACUCUUACAAGGGAAAGUGUGAAGUCAGAUAAGGUCUUUCAAAAGUUGUUAAAGAAACAGCAAAAAGAACUCCAGUUAAUGAAAAAGAAGCAUCAGAAGGAAAAAUCUGCCAUGCAUAAACAACAUUGCUUAGUUGUUGAUAAAAUUGUGAUCACGCAGGACAAAAAAUUAAAUGCCAUGGAGAAAAAUAAGACUAAAGGUGAUGUUGCGGAUUCCAAAGUGUUGGUUGAUGAUCAUAAAACAGAGAUUUCAGAGAUGGUUACAAAGCACACUAAGGAGUGGUCAGAUGUUUCUCUUAGACAGUUGAAAGAAGAACAUGAUCUUCUUAAGGAACAUGUAGUUCAACAGAAUGUCCUUCUAAAAAAACUGUUUGAAGCAGCUCAGCAAGUUCAGAUCAAAGAGCAGGAGGUGCUUAAUGACAGAGAGGAGAAGGAAUUAACAAUAAAACAGUCCAAACAAUCCAUGGAGUCGAGCAAAGCUGUGAUGAAUGAUAAGACAAUCAAAGCCAAGGCUGAGAGAGAGAGGAGGAUUAAAGAAAUUAGUGAAAAUAACAUCAAAAGAUUCACAGAUGAACGUAAGAGAUUGAAAAUAAGACAGUCAAAACAAAUAGAGAAGCUGUUUCAGAAACAUCAACAGAUGAUGGAGAAGUUCAUGCAGGAGUGCACAAAAGAGGUAGAAAAAGUAGAGAUGAUGUUUGAGGAGGUGAAACUAGCAGCCCGUCCAGAGACGGAUGUUUGAUGAGGAGGUGAAAAAUGGAGACUUGUAAGAAAAUGGUCUGUGUUCUGAUUGCCAUUGUGUCAGUGAUUAUAGUCCUAUCUGUCAGAUCCCACGUGCCAGCUUCAAAUAAGCAUUUAUACAAAGACUGGAAAUUUGUUGCCAAAGAAUAUGAACAACUUAGUUUCCCUUGUUACCUGUACUUCCAUUUUCUAUUGAUUUACACUUACUUUGAAUUUGUCUCAUUGAUUUUGUACAGAUAGGGUUGUUGAAAUUAUUUUUUUUUCUCCUUCUCUUUCAUUAUGUUGUUACUGUGAAGUAUGUUGGGUUGAUGAUAUGCUGUAUACUUCUUCCAUUGUUGACAUAGAGUUAUUAUUUUUAUAGCAUUUACAAUGUAUGGUGUUUAUUGUGUAUAGACCUUAUAUAUUUGAAUUUAUGAUUGUAUAUGAAAAUUAUCUUUUUCGCUAUUAAUUUUAAUAAGAAUGUUCUUUUAUCACUGUCUCUGUUAUUUUAUAGCCAAUUUUUAGGUAUGUUUAUAAGGUCUGUUUUCAGAAUUAUAAUUUUGUGAAUAAUCCACCAAGGCCUGUAGAAUAAUGCUUUUGAUGUGAAAAGACAUUUAUACUGUUGCUGAAAAUUUAAACCAUCACACUAGGACAAAGGGCUUUGUCUUAAAGCCACUUCAGAAUUGACUUAAAAUGAUACUUUGUUAGAAAAUUUUGAUAUUUCCCCUCUUCAGGGACUAGGAUCAUCAAAUCUUGUCAGCUGAUGCACAUUAGGACCUUGGAUAUGGUAAUCCAUAUGCAGGUGACAGUGACCUACUUUUUGAAUUGUAUUAAAUGAAUAUCUUGGACAAUGUGAUGCCUAAGAUAAUCAUCCUUGUUAUUUGAAUUAUCUUCGAGCCUCUCGGUAUGUAAACCAGGAAGUAGGUCACAGUGACCGCCUAUAUAUAUAUAUAUAUGAAUACUGUGUCCUGCUGGGUCACUAAAGCUAAAAAGGUAAUGUGACUUGGGGCCCCAUGGUGUAUAAAUUCAAAAGUAGGUCAAAGUGACCUACUUUAUUUUUAGGUCACCUGAAUCUCUCAGGUGACCUACUGCUAUCUGUUUUUGUCCAUUGCUGUGUGUUAUUCAUUGGUUUUACAUUUUCAAACACUGCUCUUCUUCAGAACUGCAAAACUAAUUUCAACCAAUUUUGGUAUAUAACGUUCAUGGGUCAAAUGGAACAUGUAACAUGGUUUUCUUAUCUCUGCCUCCCCAGGCCUGAGGGGUUGGACCAAAAUUAUCAGUCAAACUGUUUGUAUGCAUAAGAUAAACAUUUAGCUUAAGAACUGUAGCUCUCUGAAAAAAAAAAAUAUUCACAGACCACAGAGCCACCCAGUUGACAUCUGCACAAAGCAUGUUGGACCAAAUUGUCUUGCCACUCAAAAUGGCAGUUUAUAUAAUUGAAAUUUUCAUUGGUCUCAAUUACAGGUCCAGGAGGACUAUUAAUAGCUGUUAUGAGGAAUGUUUUAUUAUGGACAUGGUAUACAAUAUGUUAGAAGCACGGGCUAGGGUUAGUAGUAUUUUGAGAUGGCAAAUUAAGUAUAUGGAGAAAUAGAUUGAGAAACUGUGCACUUUUUAUGUGCAAUAAAUAUACAAUUUUUUUUCAAUGGGUGGUAACUGUAGAUCUCUGGUUGUCCAUCCCUAUUUUUUCAGACCAAAGAAUUACAGAUCUGCAGCUACAUAAGCAUUGGUUCCCCUUUUAAAAUUGUAAUAUCCAUGGCUCCAGGGUCAGGGAUUCUAGUGUUAGGGGUCUGUUGAUCAUUUGGUGAACAUUCAGAAAUUCUUUAAAAUCUCUCCUGUACAUUUAACAGACAAACUACAUGUAAAUGCAUUGAUAUGAUGAGAAAGGGUGCCUCUUCCAAAUUGUGAAAUUCAUGGCCCCUGGUGGGUCCGGGGUUCUGAUGUUAGGCUGAGGCUAUUUUGAACAUAUAGUGAAAAUUCAUAAAUUCAUUUUUUUUUUUUAAAAAUAGACAAACUAAGUACAUAGUUAUGAUGAACAGUAGAUCCUCUUCCUAGAUUGUGAAAAUCAUGGCUCCUAAGUCAGGGUCUUGGUGUUAGAAAGAGGCUGUGUUGAUUAUGUAGUAAAAUUCAUUAAUUCUUUAAAAAUCCUCCAUCUCUGCUCCUGGGCAUUAAGCUGGUAAACCAAAUACAUUCUGUUUGUUUAUAUGUGCAAGGGUGUUUUUACCAGAAUGGUGAAAUUCAUGACUGCUGGGUCAGGGGUUCUGGUGCUAUUGAUCUUGUAGGGAAAUUUUUUACUGUACAUGUACUUUUAAAUCAGUUAUUUCACUUUGAGUAUUGGCCUAUGAUGAAUCAUCACUGUAGAUAAGUGUUUUCAUGGGUCACUUGAAUAAAAUAUAUAAAAUAAAUUUUAAUAGGUCACUUGAAUAAAGGAAAUAAUGGGUUCUACAGGUCACUUAAAUAAAAGAAUUAUACCAAAAACUUUUUAUGUAGUUUUUAAUGGUCAGAUGGUCAGGUAGACUUGUGAGUAAUAAAUAAUUAAAAAUAAGGUUAAAAAAAAGACAACAACAAAAAAACACAUAUUACUGAAUGCCAGGAGAAUCUAGUUACAAGGAUUCUGAAUUUGCUGUAAUUUCAUUCUGAAGUAUUGCAUUGGUUAGAGUUUGGUGACAGGCAAAAAUGGGCAAGGAAAUCUACUUUCAGAGUUGUUGUAGACUACUAGACUAACUGUUCAUUGAUACUCUCUUGUUUUUGAACAGUUGCAAGUAUCUCCUCUAUCAAUUUAUUUUACUUUAUUUAUACAAUUUCAAAUUGCAAUUCUAUGGAUCCUUUAUAGAUUGUAUUAGGUGACCUUAAGGCCAUCUCCAGAAAUUGCCACUCAAGAGGCAUUUGUGUGUAUUAAAUUGGAUAUAUAUAUUUAUUAGAAGUCUCUGCAACAAUAAUAGGUUUAAAAUGAUCCAGUACCCCACUUCUACAAGAAAUAUGCAGCUGAUUUUAUUUUAGCUUAGAUCUGUUUACACUCUUAAAGUGAAAUAAUCAUUUGGACUUGGAAUGAAUUUGUCUUGAUCAGUCUCUGUAUCAUGUAAUUAUAUUUUCAAUACUCUUGUUUCUUUUGUUAGAUGAUGAAAAAUAAUUUUAUUACAUAAAGUUUAGCAUAUAUUUGUGUGUUUUAUACUUGUCAAGUAAACUUCCUUUUUUUGAAUAUUAUGAGGCUCAUUUGUGUUCAUAAUUGAAAAAAAUCAAGGUUAUCCAAAGCCAAAUAUAAGCUAUUUGAGAUUCACUUUCAAGUGAACUAUAUGUAAAUACAAUGUUUAAGGAAUCUGACGUCUUUAUUUGGUUUGUUUAUUUGUUUUGUUUUUUUAGCUCACCUGAGCCGAAGGCUCAAGUGAGCUUUUCUGAUCACAUUUUGUCCAGCGUCCGUCUGUCUGUCUGUAAACUUUUCACAUUUUUGACUUCUUCUCAAGAACCACUGGGCCAAAUUCAACCAAACUUGCCACAAAGCAUCCUUGGGUGAAGGGGAUUCAAGUUUGUUCAAAUGAAGGGCUACGCCCUCUUUCAAGGGGAGAUAAUUAGGAAUUAGUGAAAAACUAAUGGCAUCAUUUAAAAAUCUUCUUCUCGAGAACCACUGGGCCAGGAAAAAUGAAACUUAUGUGGAAACAUCUUCAGGUAGUGUAGAUUCAAGUUUGUUCAAAUCAUGACCCCUGGGGGUAGGGUGGGGCCACAAUGGGGAAUCAAAGUUUUACAUAGAAAUAUAUAGGAAAAUAUCUUUAAAAAUCUUCUUCUUAAGAACAGCAAAGCCAUGGUUGGUCAUAUUUAUAGGGGAACAUCCUCAAGUUGUGUAGAUUCAAGUUUGUUCAAAUGAUGACCCCCGGGGGUAGGGUGGGGCCACAAUGAGGGAUCAAAGUUUUACAUAGAAAUAUAUAGGAAAAUAUCUUUAAAAAUUUUCUUCUUAAGAACAGCAAAGCCAUGAUUGGUCAUAUUUAAAUGGAAUCAUCCUCAAGUAGUGUAGAUUCAAGUUUGUUCAAAUCAUUACCCCUGGGGGUAGGGUGGGGCCACAAUGGGGGAUCAAAGUUAUACAUAGAAAUAUAUAGGAAAAUAUCUUUAAAAGUCUUCUUCUUAAGAACAGCAAAGCCAUGAUUGGUCAUAUUUAAAUGGAAGCAUCCUCAGGUAGUGUAGAUUCAAGUUGUUCAAAUGAUGACCCCCGGGGUAGGGUGGGCCACAAUGAGGGAUCAAAGUUUUACAUAGAAAUAUAUAGGAAAAUAUCUUUAAAAAUCUUCUUCUUAAGAACAGCAAAGCCAUGAUUGGUCAUAUUUAAAUGGAAUCAUCCUCAAGUAGUGUAGAUUCAAGUUUGUUCAAAUCAUGACCCCUGGGGGUAGGGUGGGGCCACAAUGGGGGAUCAAAGUUUUACAUAGAAUAUAAGGAAAAUAUCUUUAAAAAUCUUCCAGCAAAGCCAUGAUUAGUCAUAUUUAAAUGGAAGCAUCCUCAGGUAGUGUAGAUUCAAGUUUGUUCAAAUGAUGACCCCCCCCCCUUCCCGGGUGGGGAUAGGGUGGGGCCACAAUGGGGAUCAAGGUUUUACGUAGAAAUAUAUAGGAAAAUAUCUUUAAAAGCUUCUUCUUAAGAACAGCAAAGCCAUGAUUGGUCAUAUUUAUAUGGAAGCAUCCUCAGGUAGUGUAGAUUCAAUUUUGUUCAAAUCAUGACCCCCGGAGGUAGGGUUGGGCCACAAUGUGUGAUCAAAGUUUACAGAGGAAUAUAUAGGAAAAAAUCUUUUUCUCAAGAACAGAAAAGCCAUGAUUAGUCAUAUUGAUAUGGAGGCAUCCUUGGGUAGUGUAGAAUGAAAUUUGUUCAAAUGAGGGCCCCGGGGGUAGGGUGGGGCCAUAAUGGGGGAUCAAAGUUUUUCAUAAGAGUAUAUAGAAAAAACUUUAAAAAUCUUCUUCCUAAGAACAGUAAAGCCAUGAUUGGUCAUAUUUAUAUGGAAGCAUCCUCAGGUAGUGUACAUUCAAGUUUGUUCAAAUCAUAACCCCUGGGGGUUGGGGGGGGCAAAAUGGGGGAUCAAAAUUUCACUUAGAAAUAUACAGGAAAAUAUCUUUAAAAAUCUUCUUCUUAAGAACAGCAAAGCCAUGAUUGGUCAUAUUUAUAUGGAAGCAUCCUCAGGCAGUGUAGAUACAAGUUUGUGCAAAUCAUGACCCCCGGGGGUAGGGUGGGGCCACAAUGCAUAAUCAAAGUUUACAGAGGAAUAUAUAGGAAAAAAUCUUUUUAUCAAGAACAGAAAAGCCAUUAUUAGUCAAAUUGAUAUGGAGGCAGCCUUUGGUAGUGUUGAAUGAAAUUUGUUCAAAUGAGGGCCCCCGGAGGUAGGGUGGGGCCUCAAUGGGGGAUCAAAUUUUUACAAAUGAAUAUAUGGGAAAAAAUCUGCUGCUCAAGAACAGCAAAGCCAUUUGUUAUAUUGAUAUGAAAGGAUCAUCAGGUAGUUUAAAAUUCAACAACCCCCCCCCCCCCCCUGAACUUUAUACUGAACUGAUUUUUGCUUUUUUUCCUAGCCAAUGUGCUCAGGUGAGCGAUGUGGCCCAUGGGCCUCUUGUUUUUUGUUUUGUUUUGUUUUUUUGUUUGUUUUUUUUUGCGUAUUAAACUACAAAAGAAAACCAC